AAGUGAGGAAUGUGAUAUGUCAAGCGGUGACGUUGGGACAACUAAAUUUUGAAGGUUAUCAGGUGAUAGAAAAAUUGGGAAUUUUAACACUGAAAGAGAUCAACCGAAGCAGUGUAAUUUAUUGAUGCGGUAGGUCGCUGUUUGACCGCCGUUUCUCCGUAUUCUUUUGGGCCGUUGCGUCUCAUCGUGACGAUAGGUUCUCGUGUAAAUAAUCGAAGUUUAUAGAGCGAAGCAAAGGUUAGGUGCAAUUUAUAGUAAUACAAUGGCUCUAGGCACAAUAUUACAGAAAGCCAUAGACCUGGUUACCAAAGCAACGGAAGAAGAUCGUAACAAAAAUUAUGAAGAAGCACUUAGGUUGUACGAGCAUGCAGUUGAAUAUUUUCUACACUCUAUUAAAUACGAAGCACAAGGAGACAGAGCCAAAGAAAGCAUAAGAGCAAAAUGUACACAAUACUUAGAGAGAGCUGAAAAGCUAAAAGCUUAUUUAAAGAAGAGUAAAAAGAAACCUGUAAAGGCAGGCGAAGAUAAUUCUAAAAUUGAGGAUAAGAAAAGUGAUAGCGGAGAUAGCGACACCGACAGCGAUCCUGAAAAGAAAAAACUUCAAAGCAAAUUGGAAGGAGCAAUAAUUAUUGAAAAGCCAGAUGUCAAAUGGAGCGAUGUUGCUGGUCUUGAUGGAGCCAAGGAAGCUUUAAAAGAGGCUGUUAUUUUACCAAUACGUUUCCCUCACCUCUUUACCGGAAAACGAAUUCCAUGGAAGGGUAUUUUGCUGUUUGGGCCACCGGGUACUGGAAAAUCCUAUCUAGCAAAGGCUGUUGCGACAGAAGCCAAUAACUCGACAUUCUUCUCCGUGUCAUCCUCUGACCUGGUGAGCAAGUGGCUCGGAGAGUCUGAGAAGCUUGUGAAAAAUUUGUUCGAACUAGCUCGUCAACAUAAACCUAGCAUUAUAUUUAUCGAUGAGGUUGAUUCGCUGUGCUCAUCACGUUCUGACAAUGAGUCAGAAUCUGCAAGAAGAAUAAAAACAGAAUUUUUAGUUCAAAUGCAAGGUGUUGGAUCAGAUAAUGAUGGUAUAUUAGUGCUAGGAGCUACCAAUAUACCAUGGGUUUUGGAUUCUGCUAUCAGAAGAAGAUUUGAAAAAAGGAUUUACAUUCCUCUGCCUGAUGAACAAGCUCGCGUUAUCAUGUUCAAACUUCAUUUAGGAAGUACUUCUCACUGUCUAGUAGAUAAAGAUUUCAAGAGAUUAGCAUCGGCUACUGAUGGAUACUCGGGGGCUGAUAUAAGUAUUAUUGUGCGAGAUGCACUUAUGCAGCCAGUUAGACAAGUCCAAACCGCAACACAUUUUAAACGCGUAAAAGGACCAUCGCCGAAAGAUCCUUCCGUCAUCGUGGACGAUUUACUUACGCCGUGUUCACCCGGAGACCCAGCUGCCAUCGAAAUGAAUUGGAUGGAAGUUGAAGGUGACAAAUUGUACGAACCACCUGUAACUAUGAAAGAUAUGUUGAAGUCAUUGGCAACCACGCGUCCUACGGUGAAUGAGGAAGACAUGACCAAGUUGGAAAAAUUCAAAGAAGAUUUUGGUCAAGAAGGUUGAUACUUGGACUUUUUUAAGGAAGUAAAUCAAUGUACACUUCCAAAAGUAUGUUUCAGUUACACGCGCUUGCCUUAUAUCUUAUUUGAUUACCGUCACUUCUAUACAGUAUUUAUACGAAAACAAUUGGAACUUAGGUUCUUGUUUCCCUUUUCCUCUUCCUCUCUUUUUUUUUUCUCUUUUAACACUUAAUAUGCAACAAUAUUAUAAGCUUGACGCUUAAUCACAAAUACUAUUUAUCAAAGUAAAUAUAAAAA